ACAGAAGCUACUACGAGAUAGUACAAGACUGGCUGCCUUUGAAAUUCUCUAGUCAAUGACAACAGGAAGAUUCGAAUUUCGAGGUUAUCAAUAAUAGAGCUGGCGAAACGUCACAGUUGAAUUCAAAAGCAUUCAAUAUUCCUAUUCCUCGCAGAUUUUGGCUCGACUCUGCUCAUAAUAAUUCGAUAAACUAAAAUGUACAACAUUUUGUACUGUAAUAACAGAAAUCAUGAAAUUUGAGGUUAAAGAAUGUAGGCGGAUUUAGUUGCCUAUCACCAGAUAACGUGUAGCAAUUUCCUUAGGCAGAGUAGAUUUUGUACAAUGUAAUUUGGGCCGUUUGCACAAUGACAAAGACCAUAUUAGUAUUCAUACCGAAAGAAUUUUGCAAUGAGAAACCGGGAUACACGUUUGGCAGAGUCGUGUAUGAUUCCUGGAAUGAAUCGAAGAAAUUCUUUAUUAUUGGUGUGAGGAAGGUGGAUUCUGGCAACACGGUUAAAUCAAACAGCGAUUUGAUAGGGUACUUCUCCGGCUCUAAGAACACGUAUGGGUAUUUAGAUAAAACAUUAUCGGAUUGGAUAAACGUUUAUUUGUCUCCAAAUUCCAAGUCUAAUUCCGUUAACUGUGAAUAUUGCAUACGCGAUGUUCUCAUAGACAAUCGUAAGAUCACACCAACCGCAUAUCACACUGUGAUCAUAAUUUACGAUCAAACUGCAUUGCUACAGGCCGAAUUGUUAGUAAACAAGGCACCAUCUGGUGAUCACUUUCAAGAACUGAAACAAACGCUGCAGAAAAGGUCCAUAAAGGAUGAGAUAAAUAGGAAAUCAAAAUUUAGUCUCAUCGGAGAGAUCCUUCUGACUUAUCAUGCAUUAUUUUUCUUGUACCCAAUGCGAUUCAUCUACAAAAUAGCGAGCAAACUUUUGCCAAUAUUGAAAUACUCCGCACUUGGCCUACACAUGCACAGUUGGCUGGAAAAUGGACAAUGGACUUUGACCAUGAUCGUACAGAGAAAGAGAAUCACAUUGAAAACUGCAAACUACAUGUUGGCCACGGUGCUUGACGUCUUACUCGGUGUCUUGCUUUUGCGAUUUUUGUUAGAAAAUAUUGGACAUGUGCCACCCUCUCGAGUACUGCUUAACAAUGCAGAGAGGGUUGUUGAAUCACUCAAAGGGCUGGUAAACUGGUUAAUGGGAGCGCCAGCAGGUUUGAAACUGAACCACUCAUUCAACGGGAUGCUAGGUCGAUUUUUCUUAUACCAUAUCAACCUGUGGUGGGCAUUUUUGGUGUUUAGUGAACCUUUGCUUGAAUUUGCAUUCAAGGUUCUAAUCCUUUGUGGAAGACUAGGUGUCACUUUCCAAAUAGCUAUAAUAGCUGAUCUCUUGGCUCUUGUCAGCUUCCACAGUUACUGCAUCUACGUUUAUGCAGCAAGAAUGUUCAAUAUGCAGCUGAGAGGCCUGAUGGCACUGUUCCAUUUGUUCCUUGGAAAGAAGAAGAAUCCAUUGAGGGAGAGAGUGGAUUCAUGUCAGUAUCAGGCUGAUCAAUUGUUUGUUGGAACAUUGCUAUUCACUAUCCUCCUGUUUCUAAUGCCAACAACAUGGGUUUACUACUCCGUUUUCACUAUUCUUCGACUCGUCCUAAUAGGCCUAGGUGGAUUUCUCACCAGACUUAAGUUUUACUUACAAGUUCUGCCAGUCUAUGCUUUUGUAAAAUGGCUUAUUCGUUCCCCAGUUAUGAGCAGUACAAUAAACAUGAAGAUAUAUCCUAGAAGUGGAGAAGGUCCUACCACCCUAAUCGUGUCAACAGUUGUAUCUCCAUGGGGUGAAACUUGGAAACGUUGCAUUCUAGAGACGAUAAACCCUCACCUGCCGGUUGAGUGGGGUAAAAUUGUGAGAAAUGUAUUUCGGGGUCAGCUUUUGUACCCAUUGUAAAUAACCACUCCAUGUAUUAAGAAACUAUUAAUAAAUGAUUGAUGGUUUUUGCUAUUUC